AUGGCGAAGGAGAGGAGCAGGAAAGCGCUGCUGGAGCUGCUCCAGCGGCCGGGCAACGCGGCGUGCGCCGACUGCGCCGCCCCGGACCCGGACUGGGCAUCCCACAGCCUAGGGAUCUUCAUCUGCUUGAAUUGUUCAGGAAUCCAUCGCAAUAUUCCCCAAGUCAGCAAAGUGAAGUCGGUCCGUCUGGAUGACUGGGAUGAUGCUCAAGUGGAGUUUAUGGCCUCGAAUGGAAACAAUGUAGCAAAAGCAAAAUAUGAAUCUAAAAUGCCACCGUUUUAUUACAAGCCAACAUUUCUUGACUGUCAACUGCUGCGGGAACAGUGGAUCAGAGCCAAAUACGAACGAAAAGAGUUCAUUCACAGCGAGAAGCAGGAGCCUUAUUCUGCAGGGUACCGAGAAGGAUUUCUGUGGAAGAGAGGACGUGACAACGGGCAAUUCUUAAGCCGAAAAUUCGUGUUAUCAGAGAGGGAGGGUGCACUGAAGUACUUCAAUAAAAAUGACGCAAAAGAACCCAAAGCAAUUAUGAAGAUCGAACAUCUAAAUGCGACUUUCCAGCCUGCAAAAAUUGGGAACCCACACGGACUGCAGAUCACUUACUUGAAGGACAAUAGCACAAGGAACAUCUUUGUCUAUCACGAAGAUGGCAAGGAGAUAGUGGAUUGGUUCAACGCCAUCCGGGCAGCACGUUUUCAUUACUUACAAGUGGCAUUCCCUGGAGCCAGCGAUGUUGAUCUGGUGCCAAAGCUUUCUAGAAACUACCUGAAGGAAGGGUACAUGGAGAAAACGGGGCCAAAGCAAACAGAGGGAUUCAAGAAGCGAUGGUUCACCAUGGAUGACCGACGGCUCAUGUAUUUCAAAGAUCCCCUGGAUGCCUUUGCUAGAGGGGAAGUUUUUAUCGGGAGCAAGGAAAACAGCUACAAGGUCCUGGAAGGGCUCCCGCCGUCCACGCAGGGAAACCACUGGCAGCACGGGAUAACCAUCGUCACCCCGGAUCGGAAAUUCCUCUUCGCCUGCGAGACGGAGGAUGACCAGCUGGAAUGGAUUACGACUUUUCAGAAAGUUAUAAGCCGGCCGAUGCUGCCUCAGGAAUACGCAGUGGAAGCCCAUUUCAAACAUAAACCUUAGCUGGGACUGGCUGGGCAGACCUGAGGAGUGAGCUUCUGUUUACAACACAAUGUGGUUUUAUUUGAAAUGUUAAAAAUAAUGAAUAAUAAUAAUAACAGUAAUAAUAAUACUACUACUUCCCUUUCCCCUCCUCAUUCACUUGAUUAUGUCGGGAACCAAGAAGGGCGGCAGCGAAAUGUCGGAGAAGAUGCUGAUCCAACCCGAAAUUCAGGUCUGUGGCCGCUCUGCGGGAUGCACCGCUGGGAUGAGUGGUCCUGCGACCCCGUCACCCCACACCCGCUGAAAGGGGUGUCCCACCCGGCUGCAGCAGGAUGGCGAAGACUGUUGGUGGCACAUCUCAGGGGGAGAUGGGGCUUUUCCCCACGAGCUGGUCCCUGGGGGCUGGAGCUGAGCACCCCCGCAGCCCCAGCUCUCCGCCAGCCCUUUCCGCGGGGAGCUGCGCGUCCCUGAGCGGUGACAUCCUCGUGGGAUGCGAAGCACCAACCUGGAGACGCCUCAAAUGGUGAUGUGCGAAAUGGCUGAGCCUCCCGACGGCAUCGGGGUAAAUAAGUCAGUUACCUCCCCUGGGGAGCGGUGGUGAUGCGGUACCCAGGCCUGGGUCAGACAGGAUUUAGAAAUAGAGGAAAUCGGCAUCAUUGGCCUCGAUACCUGCUUAACGAAGGGCACGGAGGAGGGGGUGCCCAGUGUGGGCAGAGCAGCGUUGUCCCCCAGCCCUGCAAAGGGGACACCGAGCCACAAGAUGAUGCUGGGGAAGCAAAGUUUUGGGGUUGGGGCCCAUGCUCUGCUCCCCAGGUGGUUCCUGUUUCAUGGCUCGUGGGGGUUCACAUCAUUUUGGGAGCCCGGUGUGGGUUG